AUGGAGGUCCUUCUCCGCCAAUCGAGGGCCAUGUGCCCAUUCUUGAACAAGACUUCGCCCGCCACCCUGCGCACCAUGUCCACGAGCACCAGCAUGCAACACGCUGCUCCCGGUGGCGGAGCCAUGAGCAAUCUGCAGAUGAUUGCUCGCCGCUGCCCCGUCAUGGGCAAGGCGCUGUCCGUCCAGAGCGCUCGCAGUGGCAACGCCGCUCUGGCUGGUGCUUUUGGCGGCUGCCGUGCCUACCAUGCAAAGGUCCCACGCGCCAACCUGCAUACUUCCAGGCCAAACGAAGCCCGAGCCGUCGAUGUCCCUCCCCGCCAACGCGAGCAUAUCCCCUACUCUCCUCCCGCCGCCGCUGCUGCGACCCAGCAUGCGCAACCCGUUGACCAGCACCUGACGACCCCGCCACCUCCUCCAAAGGCCGCUUGCUUCGAUUAUGAAGGUUUCUAUCAGAAUGAGCUGGAAAAGAAACACAGGGAUAAGUCGUACCGCUACUUCAACAACAUCAAUCGUCUGGCGCAGGAGUUCCCGCGAGCGCAUAUGUCCGAGCGAAACGAGCGUGUAGAUGUAUGGUGUUCAAACGACUACCUCGGCAUGGGACGCAAUCCGCAGGUUUUGAAGAAGAUGCACGAGACAUUGGAUACGUAUGGUGCGGGUGCUGGUGGAACAAGAAACAUUUCUGGCCACAACCAGCAUGCGAUGAGCUUGGAGGAGACCUGUGCGAAAUUGCACGACAAAGAAGCGGCUUUGGUCUUCUCUUCAUGCUACGUUGCCAAUGAUGCGACUCUGGCAACACUGGGAAGCAAGUUUCCGAACUGUGUCAUUCUCAGUGACAGCAUGAACCACGCUUCGAUGAUUCAGGGAAUCCGCCAUUCCGGGGCGAAGAAGAUGGUGUUCAAACACAACGAUACUGUGGAUUUGGAGAACAAGCUGGCUUCGCUUCCCGCCGAGGUACCGAAGAUCAUCGCCUUUGAGAGUGUCUACAGCAUGUGUGGAAGCAUUGGGCCCAUUGGAGAGAUCUGCGAUCUGGCCGAGAAGUAUGGAGCCAUUACCUUUUUGGACGAAGUACAUGCCGUCGGUAUGUACGGGCCAAAUGGUGCUGGUGUUGCAGAGCAUUUGGACUAUGAUACGUAUGCUAGCGGCAUGCACAGAAAGGGCACGGUCCAGGACCGGAUCGAUAUCAUUACUGGAACUCUCGGCAAGGCCUAUGGCUGCGUUGGUGGCUAUAUCGCUGGUAGCGCAAAGAUGGUUGAUACGAUCCGCUCUCUUGCUCCGGGAUUUAUCUUCACGACGUCUCUUCCUCCUGCGACCAUGGCGGGCGCACAGAACGCGAUUGAGUAUCAAAUGGCCUAUCAAGGCGACCGCCGUCUCCAGCAGUUGCACACUCGUGCAGUGAAGCAGUCUCUGAACGAGCGUGACAUUCCUGUGAUUCCGAACCCAUCGCACAUCGUCCCGGUCCUGGUCGGAAACGCUGAGCUUGCCAAGAAGGCCUCGGACUUGCUCCUUGAUAAGCACCAGAUCUACGUCCAGGCAAUCAACUACCCAACAGUGCCGGUUGGGCAGGAGCGCCUCCGCAUCACGCCAACUCCAGGCCACGUCAAGGAAUUCCGCGAUCACCUUAUCGAGUCGAUGGAGAGCGUCUGGAACGAGCUUGGCCUGAAGCGCACAUCCGACUGGGCUGCUGAGGGCGGUUUCAUCGGUGUUGGUGAGAAGGAUGCACCAGCUGUCGAGCCACUCUGGACUGAUGCCCAGCUCGGUUUGGAUCAGAUCGCCCGUGAGAUCGAGAACGAGGGCGCCCAGGGCGUGCUUGAGAAGGUUCUAGACAACGAAAGACGUCAGACCAUCUCGGCCGUGGCUGCUGCAGCUUGA